AUGCUUGACGAUGCAAUGGUAUUUGCGCAUCCACAUGAAGCUAGCCUUUUCGGUAACCGUGACAAGUUUGAUCUGGUCGUGGUGUACGACGGUUCUUCUGAGUCCUUUGGUGCUGCAAACAUGCCUCUCUCAGUUCUCAUCCGUGUUAUCAGUGAACAAGCCUUUCGGAAAGCGCUCACGAGGAUGCCCAUGAUGCUCGUUGGCGGACUUGAAGCCUGCAAGCGGGAAAUAGGGAACACCAAGCUACGCGGCGAAUUAUCGUACGCGGAAGGAAAACGGCCGAUACCCACCACGGACGUCUCUAACUCGUUGCUUGCUGCUACCAUCGUACAACUCGAACAAUCCCUUCACUAA